CGGCCAGUCAAUCAGCGGCGGAGCUGAGGAGGGCACAGCCGCGCGGCCGAGGGCAGAGUGAGCCGAGCGGAGCCGAGCCGAGCCAGGAGAGCGGACCCGCGCCGGGCAACCUCGAGCCGCGCGCCGCGAGCGCCCGCCGCCGCCCACGCCCUCCGCGGCCCCGGCGGCGCCUGCCACCUUCCCCUCCUUCCCCGCGCCCCUGUCCCGCUGCCGGCCGGCGCGCCCCGUCCGCCGCCCCGCGGAGCCCAGAGCCCACCGGCCCGCACCUCCGCUCCCGUGGGCCGCGCACCGCCUCCACGCCCUCGGCCUCUUCCACCCCCGCCGGGCGCCUGGCACCGGGGACCGUUGCCUGACGCGCGAGGCCCAGCUCCACUUUUCGCCCCGCGUCUCCUCCCGCUGCUCUCCCAACUCCUACCCCAACUCCCUCGCCCUCUCGCUCCGCUCGCGAGUCCCCCGGCCCCGCGCCGCUCGGCCCGCGCUCGCCACUCUCCCCCGGUUCCCAGAGGUGGGACCGCGUCAGCCCCGGCCCGCACCAUGGCCCGGUUCGGCUUGCCCGCGCUUCUCUGCGCCCUGGCCGUGCUCUGCACCGCGCUGCUGGCUGCCGAGCCCAAGUCGAAAAGUUGCUCGGAAGUGCGACGGCUUUACGUGUCCAAAGGCUUCAACAAGAACGAUGCCCCCACGCACGAGAUCAACGGUGAUCAUUUGAAGAUCUGUCCCCAGGGCUAUACCUGCUGCUCUCAGGAGAUGGAGGAGAAAUACAGCCUGCAAAGUAAAGAUGAUUUCAAAAGUGUGGUCAGCGAACAGUGCGAUCAGUUGCAAGCUGUCUUUGCUUCCCGUUACAAGAAGUUUGAUGAAUUCUUCAAAGAACUACUGGAAAAUGCAGAGAAAUCCCUGAAUGACAUGUUCGUGAAGACCUAUGGCCGCUUAUACAUGCAAAAUUCUGAGCUAUUUAAAGAUCUCUUCGGAGAGCUGAAGCGCUACUACGUGGCGGGAAGCGUGAACCUGGAAGAAAUGCUAAGUGACUUCUGGGCUCGCCUUCUGGAGCGGAUGUUCCGCCUGGUGAACUCCCAGUACCACUUCACAGACGAGUAUCUGGAGUGCGUGAGCAAGUACACGGAGCAGCUGAAGCCCUUUGGAGACGUCCCUCGGAAACUGAAGCUGCAGGUUACGCGUGCGUUUGUUGCCGCCCGUACUUUUGCUCAAGGCUUAGCAGUCGCGAGAGACGUAGUGAGCAAAGUCUCCGUGGUCAAUCCCACAGCCCAGUGUACCCAGGCCUUGCUCAAGAUGACCUACUGCUCCCACUGCCAGGGGCUUGUGAGUGUGAAGCCGUGUUACAACUACUGCUCCAACAUCAUGAGAGGCUGCCUGGCCAACCAAGGCGAUCUUGAUUUUGAAUGGAACAAUUUCAUAGACGCGAUGCUGAUGGUGGCAGAGAGGCUCGAGGGUCCUUUCAACAUCGAAUCGGUCAUGGAUCCCAUCGACGUGAAGAUUUCCGACGCUAUAAUGAAUAUGCAGGAAAACAGUGUGCAAGUGUCCCAGAAGGUUUUCCAGGGAUGUGGGCCCCCCAAACCCCUCCCGGCUGGCCGGACCUCCCGUUCCAUCUCCGAGGGGGCAUUCAGCGCUCGCUUCAGACCGUAUCACCCCGAGGAACGCCCGACCACGGCGGCUGGCACGAGUUUGGACCGACUGGUUACUGAUGUCAAGGAGAAGCUGAAACAGGCCAAGAAGUUCUGGUCCUCUCUGCCCAGCAAUGUUUGCAGCGAUGAAAGGAUGGCUGCCGGGAACGGCAACGAGGAUGAUUGCUGGAACGGGAAAGGCAAGAGCAGAUACCUGUUCGCGGUGACGGGAAAUGGCUUAGCCAACCAGGGCAGUAAUCCGGAGGUCCAGGUGGACACCAGCAAACCAGACAUACUGAUCCUUCGCCAGAUCAUGGCCCUUCGGGUUAUGACCAGUAAAAUGAAGAAUGCUUACAAUGGGAACGAUGUGGACUUCUUUGAUAUCAGUGAUGAGAGCAGUGGAGAGGGAAGUGGAAGUGGUUGUGAGUAUCAGCAGUGCCCUUCGGAGUUUGAGUACAACGCAACCGACCACUCCGGGAAGAGCGCCAACGAUAAGGCCAGCGGUGCUGGUGGCCUUGCCAGGGCACAGCCCUACCUUCUCGCUGUCUUCUGCAUCUUGCUCCUGGUCAUGCAGAGAGAGUGGAGAUAAUUCUGAAUCGUAGAGAAAGAGUUCUCUUCAAAAAGUUAAAAAGGCACCGGUUAUCACUUUUAUACCAUCCUAGUGACUUUGCUUUUUAAAUGAAUGGACAACGAUGUACAGUUUUUACUAUGUGGCCACUGGUUUAAAAAAUGCCGACUUUGUGUUUUCAUUCAGUUUUGUGGGGAAAAGUGACUUGUAUGUAUAAAGGCAGUUCCUGCUCCCCCAGAAUCAUGUUAAACGUGGCUAACAGUGUAGGUACAGAACUGUAGUGAGUUGUGCAUUUGUGAUUUUAUCACUCUUGUUUUUUUUUUUUUUCUUUUUGUUUGUGGGGUUUUUUUUUCUCCUUCGAUUAUGAUCUCACCUUGUUUCUUACAAGAAAACCAGGGUCCUUUCUUGGCAUGUAACAUGUACGUAUUUCUGAAAUAUUAAAUAGCUGUACAGAAGCAGGUUUAUUUAUCAUGUUACCUUAUUAAAAGAAAAAGCCCAACAAGCA